GCACGGUGAGGUCUAUGUCACAGACGACGGUGGUGAAAUGGACCUCGACCUUGGCAACUACGAGCGCUACCUCCUCUCCUCUCUCUCCCGCGAUCACAACAUCACCACCGGAAAGGUCUACCAGCACGUCAUCAACCGCGAGCGCAUCGGCCACUAUCUCGGUAAGACCGUCCAGGUCGUGCCCCACGUCACCGAUGCCAUUCAGGAGUGGAUUCAGCGGGUAGCCAAGAUCCCCGUCGACGAGUCCAAGGCGGAGCCGGAUGUCUGCAUCAUCGAGUUGGGUGGUACCGUCGGUGACAUCGAGAGUGCGCCCUUCAUCCACGCUCUGAGCCAGCUCCAGAGAAAGGCUGGCAAGGGCAACUUUGUCCAGAUCCACGUUUCCUACGUGCCUGUCAUCCCGCCGGGACCUGGCGGUGAGCAGAAGACGAAACCCACGCAGAGGGCAAUCAGCGAUGUGCGGAGUGCUGGUCUCAACCCCGACCUGAUUGCUUGUCGCUGCGAGCAACCUCUGGAGGAUAGCACCAUCAACAAGAUUGCCAACAUGUGCUCCGUCGAGCAGCACCAGGUCAUUGCCGUCCACAACGUCACGACGACAUACCACGUGCCCAUGCUUCUCGAGAAGCAGAAGCUGAUCAGCACCAUCACCGAUAUGCUCGACCUGAAGUCGAUCCCCCAGACCCCCGAGCGCAAGGAGCAGGGCAGCCGCAUGUGGAACGACUGGUGCGACCUUGCUCGUGGUCAGGACUUCCUCCACGAUUCCGUCUCCAUUGCCCUGGUUGGCAAAUAUACUUCCCUUCACGACGCCUACAUCAGUGUCUCCAAGGCUCUGGAGCACGCAGCCAUGUACUGCCACAAGAAGGUUCAGAUCAUCUGGGUCGACUCGUCGCAUCUGGAGGAUGACACUGCCUCCCCCGCCGACUACCACAAGGCCUGGCACGCGGUUUGCACGGCCGACGGUGUCCUGGUGCCCGGUGGUUUCGGUAACAGAGGUACUGAGGGUAUGAUGAAGGCCAUCACAUGGGCGCGUACCAACAACAAGCCCUUCCUGGGUGUCUGCCUGGGUAUGCAGCUGGCCGUGUUGGAGUUCUGCCGCAACGUCGCCAACAUCAAGGAUGUCGGCAGCGAGGAGCUGCACCCCAAGGCCGAGAACCAUGCCAUUGUCUACAUGCCCGAGGUUGACAAGGGCAAGCUUGGUGGUACCAUGCGUCUUGGCAGACACCCCUGUGUCUUCCAGGAGAACACCGAGUGGUCUCGUCUGCGUGGUCUGUACGGACCUUCCGUCUCGCAGAUUGAGGAGCGCCACCGUCAUCGUUACGAGGUCAACCCCGACAUGAUUGAGCAGAUCGAGAAGGCCGGUCUCUCUUUCAUCGGAAAGGACACCAAGGGCGAGCGUAUGGAGAUUAUCGAGAUCAAGGACCACCCCUGGUUCGUCGGUGUCCAGUUCCACCCCGAGUACCUCAGUCGGGUCUUGAGCCCCAGCCGGGCUUUCCUCGGUUUCUUUGCCGCCGCUGCGGGCUGCCUGGAUGAGGUCUCCAAGGCAGUUGUGCAGGGUCAGCGGAGCAUUGGCCGGAAGCAAUAGAUCUCUUUGGUGGAGGAGCGGUAUUUUGCUGGAGUUCUGGUGAGAAGGAUACUGUUGACGGUACACACCGUCUGGGUUUUUCUGUUUUCUGUCUGGGGCAGGUCUUGAGUGCUGCUCUGCUGCCAUGCCGUGCGGCAGCCCCGACCAUACGACUUGGGGUCUAUGCCAGGAUCGCGUGAAGAUACCCUUGACAAAGACCUGAAGCGUCACCCAGGUCAAUCAGGUCAAAUUCACGACGCUGCACAAAAAGGAAUCGAAAAUAAUAUGUCGGAAGUUGUCUGUUUCCUCAGGUUAUGCUUUUGUUGAGAUUGCAGGGCUUUUUGACUACGUGAUAUCACUAUAAUAUAAAAGUAUUGAGACGGCCGGUCCAUUGAUAGAUUAAAUCAAUACAAUAGAUUAGAUAUGGUGCCAACACUUCUUCUUCUUC